GUAGGUUCGAAGGGCCUAAUUUUCAGCUGGUCUGUAAGCUGAACUUUGGAUCUGAUCCUAUCCCUUCAAACUUCCAUGAAACAUCUUGUGGAUGGUGGAUUCCCUUUUCCUUACUUUUAUGGAACGUUUUCUCAGCCUAUCACUACUGUUGUUGGAAGGCUUUAUGGAGAUGUAAUCCUUCCUUGCUCAUUUAAGAAUGGGAGUGGCAUAUUGAUCCAUUGGCUGAAAGACGAAGAGACGGUACACAGCUACUACCAAAAGAGUGACCAGCUGGGACAACAAGACCCCAAAUAUGCCAACAGAACAUUUCUUUUACUCAAUGAACUCCACAAUGGAAAUGCCUCACUAAAACUUAGGAGGUUAAACCUCCAAGAUGAAGGGGUUUACAAGUGCUAUGCAGCAACAGAUGCUGAGUCGGGGACUACAUUAGUAGAGCUGAAGUUGGGAGCUUUCAUCGCACCUGCAAUGGAAUACCGAGAGCAGAAUGGAGAGGACUAUUUAACAUGCUAUUUGUUUGGUGCUUAUCCCGUUCCAACUAUAACAUGGACAGCAAAUAAUGCAACAAACCCAGAAAGCAACAUAGAAGAAGUUUCAUCUCACCCUCUCUGCUCUGUUAAAAGUCAACUCAAUAUCACAGGCUCAAAUUCCUCUUACCAAUGCAUUAUUGAAAAUUCGGUACUGAAUCAAAGAUGGAUUGGAAAAUGGAAAACAGAAGGUACUCUUUUCAUAAGAGAAGGAGAAAAAAUUUUAUUCCCCUGUAAACUUAAACAUGAGGAUUUUUUGCAAGAGAAAAGUAUAAAUGUUAGUUGGUACAGAGUUGAAAAUGCAUCCUCCAUGAUCUUGGCAUCCUUUUCAAGUUCUUCAAAUACAAGAGUCUUUGAUAAUCGAUUCACUUGGACCAAAGAUAUGAUGCAAGAAAAGGAUAAGUUCUCUUUGACUUUAAUGUCCCCUACUCCAUCAGAUAGUGGGAAAUACCUCUGCAACAUUUCUUCUGUAAGCUAUACUCAACUCACUAUACAACCUUUGACAGUUGAGCCAUAUCAAGGAAGCUCUGUCAAUUGGGUACUAAUUUUGGUUCCAUUGGUGUCAGUUUUAGUUCUUAUUGUUAUAGUGGCACGACGAUGCAAGAAGAAAAAUCGUAAUUCAGAAUCCAACAUUAAUGAGAAUCAAGAAGAAGGAGAGGCACUCCACACGUUCCUGAGACAGUAACUCCAAGACAGCAAUCCAGAGACAGCAAUCCAGAGACAACAAUCCAGAGAAAGAAGACCAAGAGAACAUGUAGCCUCUUUUUCUCCUUACUUAUUAAACUUGUAUGCUUUUUAAGAUUCCAGAAAUAACUACUAGGUCUGUAUCCCCAAAACCAAAAAUAUUUAUAGCAGGUCCUUUUUAAAAUAGGUUUCUUUUUUUCCAAUUUUUAAAAACAUUUUUAUUUAAAAUUUUGAAUUUGAAUUCCAAAUUCUAUCCUUCUCUGUCUUCCUUCCCUCCCCCUAGAGGGGGACAGUCUCUCAGGAGAGAUAGUAAGCAGUCAGGUAUAGGUCAUAUAUGUGUAAUUAUAUAAAACAUUUCCGUAUUAAUCAUUUUGUAUAAGAAGACUC